UGCACGUAUACUACAUGACCUUCUGUGGGUCAGACUGGUCACGAGUUCUCUAUAGGUUCCAAAUGUCUUGGAUGUUGCAAUUGCGGUGCAGUCCAAGUUCAAAUGUCUUGGAUUUGCACCGCAGCUGUUUGACUUGACUCCUAUCUUACUUUCCUUCUUUCAUCAUGUCAACCAGGACUUACCCCGCAUUCUGCUCCCUCAACCAGCCUGAACCAGAAUUGCUGUCAGUGCCGGUCCAGGUACCUAUUGGCCAGGCCAUAAAUACAUAUCCCAUCUUUGAUGAAAUAGCUUGGCACCAGAAUCUCAUGGUCACACUCCAACUUUUUGAACAUUCCCUUGGUGGUAAAGCGCCAUACUACAGCAACGCGGCUUUUCCACCGGUUGGAGAUCUUCCAUUCAUCACUCAGCAGAACAUGUCUCCUGGCGAAUCAUCCACUCCAGCUCGCAGGACCGUUUCUCCUGAGGGAUCAUAUCCGACUCACGAGCUGGCCGGACAAGUACGAUCAAAACGUACUCAACCUCGCGUUGUUCAUGCCUGCGAUGAAUGCCGCAAUAAGAAGAAAAAAUGUUCCGGAGAGCAGCCACUGUGUCUCAGUUGCCAAAAGGCAGGAAGGGUCUGCACUUGGACACCCAUAAAAACCUCGAAAACUCGCCCGUGUCUUAACCAUGGUGUGGCCAAGUUGCGUCGACCACCAUCUUAUAUAGGCGAGCAGAACUCCAUGACUAGUAGGGAGCUGCACAUAGCCGCACCAAAACCAAUAUAUCCCAUCAAGCUUCAUGAUAUGCAGGGUGCAGCUACUUUGGCAUCUGCCAUGCGGAAUCCUCAAGCACCGAACUCGCCUUUGGUAGUUGGGUUUCCGGCGCAUAUAGCCACCCGUCAGGAUGUUGACUUCGAAUGGAGUGACUUGGGUUCAUCUGACUCUAGUCAGGAGUAUAUUCUGCCGCCUCCCACCUGCACUCCAUGUUCUGGCAACAUCUUGUCUGGUGUGCAUUCUCUUCACCCGCGCCAACAACUGCGCAAUGAAGAUAUUUACCGCCGGGCCCUUUCUGGCCAGUGAUAUCUGGCAAGACACAUUCCUGUCAGUAUUCGUUUGCCCUACUUUGGACUGCGGUAUGGACGCUGUCGCACUUUAGUGAUCGUUUACGUCAUGGAAUAUGGACAUGGAUAUGGAUACUUAUUACACAUACGCUUCUGCGAUAUGGACAUUGCACGGUCAUAGACAUUUUGCUGAUGUAUAUGAAAGAAUCCCAG